AUGGAUUCUCCCAGCCCCGGGAGGCUAGACCGGAAGGUCGGUCCCGAUGGCCGGGAUAAUCAACGGCUGAGACCUCGUAUUCAAGCUUUGAACGUCGAAAAGGAAGAAGAAAGAUUCUCCAAGAAACAUGACGAGUUUGGCCCCCCAAUUGCGACAUGGAGAAACAACCUGUCGGCUGCCUCGCAAAGAAGGAAUCUGAUUUUCGUGGCGCAUCGCUGUGAUAUAUUUGUUUGGAUUCCAAAGGGUCCUCUUCAGUUAUUGGGGUCGCAACCCGAAAUGAUCAUCAAGCCUGUCAUGAAGGAACCGUUGAUGGAAGGCUAUAUUGAUCGGGUUCACCCCCACACAAUCAACAACAUCAUUGUGGAUGAUCUAGGUCGUGACGAGGCUCUGUUGCUGGCAACAGACUCGGGAAACAUCUGUGGUUAUCAUGUAGAGGCCAUCUACUCCGCAGUCAAUCGAUGCGCAAAAAAUGGCUACAAACGACCCUUUGACGGGUCCGAAGUGAACCCAUUCUUCGUGGAAAAUGUUGGAAUGAGCGCGUGGGGAUUGGCUACCCAUAAAUAUGCUCGACUAAUUGCGGUCAGCGCCAAUACGGGUCUCAUUACUGUGUAUGCUUUCGCAUUGGUGGAUCCAGCCGCAGAGGAUAGAGAUGAUGAAACCGAAAACCCCGACAAUACCAGCGCCGGUAUGAGCUCAGCAGAUCAAACAUGGGUACCUGUGGAAAGCAGGAAACAGCUCUACGAGUUACAUCAGCUCACGCCACGGAAUUAUCGAUCCCGCAACCUGCGACUAACCUACAGAGGUCAUUUCGAUAAUAUUCCCUGCGUCUCUUUUGCCAAUUUCGAUCUGAAUCCGAAUGGGAUGUGGAUGGUCAGCACCGAUAUCAGCAACAGGCUGAUUGUAUGGAGAAUAUGGGAUGAUUUAUGGCCAUCUAGGGUGUACUAUCCUGGCCAUCCAUCCAACAAUCCGCCUCAGAGGGGCUGGUCGGUCAUCCCCCUAGACCCGCGCACAUUCAAGCCGUGUCGUACCAUAGAAGAAGCCUGUGGAUGCAAGCCGGACGCACAGAAUAUUGCGCAACGAACGAUUCUAGACACAUCACGUGGAAUAGAGCGAGUUCCUGAUGCAUCCCAGAUAUUUGUGUAUGGGUUCAAGCACAAAGACUCAAGCAGAGACGUGGCGCCUGCAUACAUACCGGAUGAUUUGUUUUCUGAUUGCUGCAUUGAAGAUAAAAACCGGCCUCGCUCCUAUUUUGGUCUUGAGAAAGACUUCCUUCCAUGGAAAUUCGAUGCUGUCUAUGCUGUGGAUUCUGGGACUGACAGAAGCAGCGAGCCUCGUUUUUACGAUACCAGAAGCGCUCGCCAAAACAGAGUCAAGGAUUCAUAUACUGAAAAGACUCGAAGGUCACGGGUACAGGGUCAUUUACCCAACCUUCUCGGAGAGGAUGACCAUGAUGACCAUCACCGGUCCACCCCCCCCCAGCCAAAUUUCUUCCCGGUCAUCCAUUUCUCUGAACACCACAUCAGCUUGGCCGCAUACCCAAUGGACUCUGAAUACCAAAUCGUCUGCAAAAACCCGCUUUUCCAACGAGUAUCCCUCCACGCAGAGAUCAGCUCACUCUGCGACCGCUUCAACAUGGUCAAAUACAUCCCCGAACUGGGUCUCGUGAUAGCAGCAUCUCAAAAAGGCCGCGUGGCUAUCAUAUCUCUAACCUGGCACGAAGAAAUCGGCUCUACAUUCCGCCUGGACUGGAUCGUGCCAUUCUCAACGCAAGAAGCCGAGGAAGAACGCCCCAUAAUCCCCCUCCUUGGCAUCACCGUCAGUCCGAUGCCCGGCUUCGAAAUACCACAAGACGUCCCGAGUAUCCCGCGAGGCACCGACCCAACAGACUGGCAAACAUUCAACUACCGCAUCCUCAACCCAGACGAAAAUGACCCCCAACAACCAUCUACCACAUCCUCCUCCUCCACAACCUCUGGCAAAGACUCCAAUUCCGAAUCUCAAUCCUACGCACACAGCAAACGCCAAAACACCACCGCAGAGUCCGACCUCCACUCUCCCAAACCAAAGCAAAAAACCCCAAAGAAAACCGGAGCCCAGCCCGCAGAAAACGAUGCAGAAAAUCCACCGCCCAAGGAACUUACCCUCCCCGAGUCCCACGCGCAGGCCUCGCUCGCAUACCGGCCCCACGAACCCUGGCACGGCUGGCACCCAUCCCGCCACUACAGACUCCUCCUCUUAUUCUGCGACCACACCGUCAUGAGCUACGAAUUCUGGCACGAUUGGAAGACUUAA